UUAUUAAAGAUGACAAGACAACAACUCAAAAAUUCUGGGAAACUUAUGAAAAAAUCUUGCAUGCCGAAGAACGAUGUUACAGAAGAACAAGUCGGAAAAAUAGAACAAGGACACUUCGUAGAAGAAAGGAACGUUAUGUGUUACAUCGCUUGCAUUUACACUAUGACUCAAGUAGUAAAAAAUAAUAAACUGAGCUAUGAGGCAGUAAUUAAGCAAGUAGAUCUGAUGUUUCCGCCAGAUAUGAAAGAUGCUGUGAAGGCUGCCGCAGAUAAAUGCAAAGAUAUAGGUAAAAAGUAUAAAGACAUUUGUGAAGCUUCUUAUUGGACAGCAAAAUGUAUGUAUGAACAGGAUCCUAAAAAUUUUCUGUUUCCUUGAAUUUGAUUGAAUAAAGCAUAUUGAAAUUUUA